GUCUCAAUUCACAUAAGUGACUGUUGAAUUGCUUCAGUGUUCAGCAAUGGCAGAUUGGGCGCCUAUUCUGGUCGGUCUCUUGCUCUUCAUCCUCCUCUCUCCCGGCCUCCUCUUCCAUCUUCCCGGCAAGAACCACCGCAUCGAAUUCGGUAGCUUCACCACCAGCGGCAAGGCCAUCGUUGUCCACACCAUCAUCUUCUUCGUCCUCUUCACCAUCCUCAUCCUCGCAAUCGGCAUCCACAUUUACCUCGGCUAGAGUACUACAAUACUUUCUUUAUAAUUUUGUCCAAGUACCGAUUUUCUGUGUAAUUAAUUCUUCAUUAUUGAAUAAUUUGAAUUAUUGUAAACUCUCAAAAAUAGUAUUUGCCGAUUUUCAAAAAUCGUUUGAUUUUUUUAUUAAACAAUUUUUAAGUUU